AUGAAUAAACAUGACACGGCACAAUUCACGCCGCGCGCAUCAUUUUGUACUGUUCGGACAUUUUGGCUACACGUUGUUGUAUCAUUUGGGAAAGAAAACGGACUUGUAGCAGCGCUACGCCGUGGCGGUCAAACGGCGCAAAGGGACAUUUUGGUUUUUUUGAAAGCUCGCCAGUACGUAUUGGGUGUACUUUGGUUCUAUUUAAUUGCCGAAAAAUCCAAACACCACUGUACUUCGGACUGCGAGUCUAUCAUCAUCACACCUGCUCAUGAUUCCACCAUUUUUUUUUCUCCGCAAAUUCACUCAGAAUGUAGAUCACGCCAUAUAUGUACUGUACAUCUGCAUGAACAUAGUAACCGCCGUAGACGUAUAUGUACUAAUACAUGCUCGCUGAAAGUAUCGAACGAACGAUCGAAACAAAAAAUCUGGAUUCUAUUCUAUCUAUCUCCGCAUAAAAAGCAGUCUGUUCCAAAAUUGUACAGUACAUUAGCAAACUCCCCGUCCCCGCAAUCCGUCGGUGCUGCGGUGGAAUUGGAUAUCAUUUUUUUUCUAUUUCAUCGAAGCUUCGUUGAAAUUCCCGAGUCUCUGGAACCUAAGCAAGCUAUCCCCGUCCUGUCCCCGUCCCCUCCCUCCUUGACGAUUAAGCGAGAUGGCGGACGGGGAUGUAGCGUUGAAGAGGACAGGAUUUCUACGGUUGCAGCUGUGGCACUGUGA